GUCGCCCCAUACAAAGAAAUCCCUCUUUCCUUAUCUCACAUUGAUCGUCCGGUACAGCCGCAUUCCAUUCGGGGUCUUUUGGUCAAAUUGAUUCUUCACAUCAUUUCUCACAAGUAAAUCAGCACAGAAGCCCGUCAGCCAAAGCUGUGUGUAUCGGUCGAUCCCCCUUACGACUUCCAAGUCUCAUCCCCGAACGGCCGGAAUCGACAGGAUUUAUCAUCCAUUUCUUAGACGAUCACCAACUUACUAUAUAUCUGUAUAAUCUUUCAGCGAUUUUCGUCUUUUGAAAGUCAAGUUUACAGCGACACAGUGAUCAGCACUACUACAAGUAGAGUGAUCCCUCGCGAAUCAACCAUCCAGAACAAACCCACGAGGCUUCCUUUGAAAGACCUCUGCAGUAUGACUCUCGUCCCGCCCGGUGCUCAUCUAGCUCCAGUCGACCUUCCUCCCCCUCGACCAGAAUCCGACCCUCGAGAACCCGAUACUCCCCGUCGUGGGACUCGAACUCCUCAUAAAACCCAUUCUCCACGACCUUCCCGUACGGGUUCACCUUCUCGUUCACCCAUUCAAACUUUGCCACUGUCCGGAAUGCAACGUUCACCAUCUUCAGAUGGUCCUCCUCUCCUCCAACCCAUCCCAAAACAUCUCUCUUCUCCCUCGGCUCCUGGGGGAUCUCCCGUACCAAUUCAUCCUCCUUAUCCUCAUCAUCUCUCUCGUCCUUCUUCUCCAGCCAGUAUACAUUCUUCCACUUCUGCAAUCUUCGAGAGGGACAUUGAACCUGCUCCUGUAGCUUCGUUAUCGAUAAAUCCAAAUCCCGCCACCGCUCAUACCUUACAUCACAAGCCUUCUCGUCUACAUGGCAGCGCGAUGGAUCAAGCUGUUCCCGCCGCCUUGUUGGAUGCCGUUGAAGCUUUGAGAGAUAACACUCCAGAGGCACGCGAGAAAGUAGAAAUCGAAGCUCCUAGUCUUAAUUCUGGUUUGGGCAUGGCUAGACAAUCUUCUUCCAGCCUGCAAAACAUUUCAACAGGUAGAAGGGUAUCGACAAGUCCUGUCGUUGUAGCGGGACAGACAGCUGGCUUCGGGACUAUACAUUCGCGUUCACCCAGUCCUACAGGCGCUGCAUCUAGAGGAAGUUCACUCGUGGCUUCUCCAUGGCAAAGUCCGCCCAUCUUAGGUCAACUCCAGACGCAGCAGCUGUCAAUGGUCAGUGCGAGUCCGAGUACCAGUCCGACCAAUGGUGUCGCUCGUCCUUCUAUGCCAGGAAGAGUCAGUACAGGUCCACAAGUACCAGGAGGGUGGUCAAACUCGUUCACUCAUUCUCCCCCUUUGGCCUUCGUCGGCGAGAAGGAAAAGGAAGAGGGACAUCAAGAAGAUCUACCUUCUCCCGCUCUCGCUCCUACACCACCAACAGCCAUACCGAAUCAUCUGACACCAAAGGAGAAAAGACGAGUCUCUUUCAUAUCCUACAACGAUCUCCUCCUUUCCGUCCCGACAUCGAUAACUUCUCUAGGUGACAUUACUUCUGGCAACCUAUCACCUGAUCAUCUACCCGGAACCAUCUCUCCGAACCUUGCGAACCGCUCACCAGUCGUGGCACCCAAUCUCAUCCCAUUAGGUGGUAACGAUAAAUCCGGUCCGAGCUGGGAACCAACCGGGAGAGUGGGCGGUCUGGGUUUAGAGGCUGAAUGGGAUAGAGAAGGUUUGGGGAAAGGGUUGGAGCAGAGACUCGAAGAUCUAGCUGUUCAGCAGUCGAAAUGAAUCUGUAGCGUAAACGGGCGAUUGGUUUCAGAUGUAAGCGGUUAAUCGAGGAAUCAUGCUAGGGGCGAAAUGGUCAUACGCGGUGUGCUGUCAAUCGGGUUAGGGGUUCGUGGGUAGAACAUGCACGUCGUGUUUCC